AUGUCCACUUCAUCACAACAGUCUACAGAAACCACUAGUGGCCUUCUCACAUUUGGCCAUUCGUACUACAUAACCAACAGCAGAGGGGAAUUGGUAUCCAAUGCUGCAUCAUUCACCAAUGGAGGUAAUGAGCCAGCUGGAAACAAUGGUGGAAAGUUGAGCAAGUUAUUGGUGUUGUUUUUCAUGAUUUCCAACUUUGUCGUUGGUAUUGCGACAUCAAAUUUAAAGGAUGCUUUGGUAUGUGUUGGGGUCAGGGAGGUGGUAGAACCAUUGCAACAUGGAUGCAAAUGUAGCGCGUGGUCUACGAAUAUACAUGGUGACAUUCCUGCAAAAAACAAACCUAUUAACUUCGGUUUUAGUUCCGGAACUGAUGCUCAGUGCUAG